AUGGAAGUGGAGAACCAGACCCGGGUCACGCACUUCAUUCUAGUGGGAUUCCCCGGGAGCCGGGGCCUGCGGGCGGGAGUGUUCCUGAUGUUCUUGGUGGCCUACAUUCUCACGGUGGCUGAGAAUGUCAUCAUCAUUCUGCUGGUGCAGCAGAACCGGCCCCUGCACAAGCCCAUGUACUUCUUCCUGGCCAACCUGUCCUUCUUGGAGACCUGGUACAUCUCUGUGACUGUGCCCAAGUUGCUCUUCAGCUUUUGGUCCGCGAGCAAUAGCAUCUCCUUCACUAAUUGCAUGAUACAGUUGUACUUCUUCAUCGCGCUCAUGUGCACCGAGUGUGUGCUCUUGGCUGCCAUGGCCUACGACCGCUACGUGGCCAUCUGCCGACCACUGCACUACCCCACCAUUAUGAGCCAUGGGCUCUGUUUCCGCUUAGCUCUGGGAUCCUGGGCCAUUGGCUUUGGCAUCUCCUUGGCUAAGAUCUACUUCAUCUCCCGCCUCAGCUUCUGUGGCCCCAACGUUAUCAAUCACUUCUUCUGCGACAUCUCUCCGGUCCUCAACCUCUCCUGCACAGACAUGUCUCUAGCGGAGCUGGUGGACUUUGUCCUGGCGCUGGUCAUCUUCCUCUUCCCCCUCUCCAUCACCGUCCUGUCCUAUGGAUGCAUCCUGGCCACUGUUGUGCGCAUGCCCACAGGGAAGCAGAAAGCGUUCUCGACGUGUGCCUCCCACCUUGUGGUGGUCACCAUCUUCUACUCGGCCACUAUUUUCAUGUACGCUCGUCCCCGAGCCAUCCAUGCCUUCAACAUGAACAAGGUCAUCUCCAUCUUCUAUGCCAUCGUCACCCCUGCUCUCAACCCUUUCAUUUAUUGCCUCAGAAACCGGGAGUUCAAGGAGGCUCUGAAGAAACUGACCAACUGCGGGGCUGUCCAUUCUGAUUAA